CGUUGCAUAUUUAGACAACGCUCGCGACUGCGCAGCGGCCGUGACAUUUUGACACAUAUUCCUUAUAAAAAUUCCUUUUAAAAAUUCUUAUAAAUAUUCCGUAACAAUUUUUUUUAAAGACAUAUUAAUUAUUUUCUAUAUUUAAUUUUUUUCCUGUGAAAUUAUCGUAAAGAACUCAUCAUGAUGUCAACGGAGCACCCACUCCUCGAGUGUCGAAGCACUUCGUACACUCUCGCUACUGUGCGGCGCGCGUUCAUAGUGUGGCUACGUUGCGGCCGGCGCAACAACUUCCAGGAUGUCUGCGAAUACUACCAUCGGCUCGAGGCUAUGGAGGAGAAACUGCCAGCCAACAGUCGCUCAUCCAGCCGUAACCAUGAGUUCUCGCUCUUCGCGAACCAGCCCCCUACCUCCCGCUACCAGCAGAGCCUCUUCCCCUCUCUCUACGCUCCCUCCGAAUCGGACACAACGCCCUACGAACAAAUCUACGCCCAAGGCCACUUCCAAAGAAACAUCGAUCACGCCAAUAACAUCAUCAGAGUAGAGGAUAUGCAAGUACCUGGAGGUUACAGUGCCUUCUCGCAUCAAGACAUCUUCAAUACCAGCCAGAUUUUCAAACAUCCUCCUCCGUAUUACGAGAAAACCGAGGAAACAGUCAAGAAACCAGCAGAUACUUUUACAAAUCUAUGUAAUAAUAUAGAAGGACUCGAAAAGCUGAAUUUGAAUGGGACGUCAACACAAGAUAUUGUGGAUACCAGCGAGAUGAUAAAUAAUUACUGUACGGAAAAACAGGUGCCUCUAAAGAGUUUCUUGGAAAAUUUCAAAGAAUAUUCAGCGAGAUGUGAGCUUCAGAACACUGUCAAUAAUGUUGUGUUCUAUCUCAAAAGGAAAACAAUCCAUGAAGAAUUGAAAUUGGCCGCUGUUGUUCACAAAGCAAAACGAUACAGUAAUGAAAACAAGGCAUCACGAAAACUCAGAAUGGAAAAAUGUGACAAAGUGAAAAGUAAUGGUAUCAAUCAAAAGAAUUUAUAUGCCGGCAUUGAUAAAAUGUCUGACUCAUCUAGCGCAGAAGAAACAGAAAACACAAAACCAAACAAAUAUAAUGGCAAUGAAAUUGUACAUGAGGAGCCAACACCAAUGAAUGGUGCUGUAGAAGGAAUAGCUCCGAUCCAAGAAGAAGAAGAAGAAUUCCUUGAUGCGGAAGUUUUUAAUAUCACUAAUGGUGAAGAAGAAAACUACAUUGACGCCUCUACGUCAAUUUGUGAAUACAACGACGAAUGUGAGAAAACUGAAACGUCAUUCGAACACGAUGAUGUGUUGAUACAAAUAGAUAUCAAUUUGAACUCUGCAAAUGCGAAAAUGGAAAUCAUAAGCAGUGGAAGUGAUAGAUCUGAAGGAGAAGAACAUAUCGAAGAUAAAGAUAAAGAGUUUAUUGAUAAUGACGGAGCAAUAAGAUUGAUGAAGCGGGAAGAAAAUGAUGUUAAAAAUAACAACACUGCGUUUUCAACCCCCCACAUUUUAAAACUUGACCUUCAGAAAUGCAGGAAAAUUUGAAAAUUAUGACUAUGACACAGCAACUUUGCCCAUGAUUUUGCAACGACGACAAUUGACCAAGGUUUAUGUAUAACAACCUUAUAUUUAUAUAUUUACAACCUUAUAUAGAUACCCUUAACCAUACUUUACACACUUGCGCUGUAACCAUAAACUACGUUAAGUACCUACAAACUCUGAAAUCAAAACUUUAUGCAUUCACCAUUGACAAGUUUUAUAAUGUGUUAAUUGUUUUAUCUAUA